AUGGAUUUUCAUUUCAAGCAGGUUGAUUCUGUGGAGUCCAAUCAAAUUGCUUAUAUUCUGACGUGUCGAACCACGCGUCUCCGACCCGCUCGUUGUACCUCACACCUUGACCAAAUCGUCAUGAUGCAGUCUGCCGACGCACUCCGAGAGAAACAUCCGGUUCUUUCCUCUCGCCAGAUCGAAGGCUUAAUCGCUGCCGGACAGCACAUUCUCAUCAUCCACCAGAAGGUGAUACGUGUCGAUUCGUGGAUUCCGUACCAUCCCGGGGGUCACAAACCGAUCCAACAUCUGGUCGGCAAGGAUGCCACGGAUGAAUUCACCGUAUUCCAUUCAGAGGAAACGCAAAGAUUGAUAGAUCGGUACCAGAUCGGCCGGAUUGAGGGCCGAUGGCGAAACUUUGUGCCUCCCAUCCAGGGUGGCCAGUUUCGUCCAUAUGAGGACUCACUCUCAGACAGCAAACAAACCUCUACCCCUGGAAGCCAGGGCCCAGAUACAGACAAUCGUCUCGACCCCGUGCUGCAAGCAGCAACCGACCUCAACUCCCCCGAGACAAUGACCUUCCUAGACAGCGAAACCAAAAAAGAAAUCAGCCUAACCCUAACUCACUACCCCCCACUCGACGAAACCACCCAAAGCGACAUUAUCAAAAAAUACCACCUUCUCCACGAACAAAUCCAAUCCGAAGGUCUCUACAACUGCAACUACCUCGCCUACGCCAAAGAAUUCGCCCGCUGCUCCCUCAUCUUCACCACCAUGCUCUUCUUCCUGCACAUCGAAUGGUACAUCACCAGCGCGCUCUUCCUCGGCUUCUUCUGGUCCCAAUUAGUCUUCGCUGCCCACGACGCCGGCCACAUGGCCAUCACCCACAACUUCACCAUCGACAGUCUCAUCGGAAUGACCAUCGCCGCCCCCAUCGGCGGUCUCUCCCUCGGCUGGUGGAAACGCACCCACAACGUCCACCACACCGUCACCAACCUCCCCGAACACGACCCGGACAACCAACACCUCCCUUUCUUCGCCGUCAAUCACCGUUUCCUCGGAAACCUCUUCUCCAGCUACCACGAACGCCUCAUGCCCUACACCAACGCCGCCCGCUUCCUCGUCGCCUACCAAGCUUACCUCUACUACCCGGUGCUCAUGUUCGGACGCUUCAACCUCUACAUCCAAUCCUGGAUUUUCCUCCUGCAAGGCCAAGGACCCCGUAAGGGCCUCGCCUGGUGGCACCGCUGGUACGAAAUCGCCGGUAACAUCCUCUUCUGGACCUGGUUCGGCUACGGCAUCGUCUACUCUUCCAUUCCCACCGCUUGGAACCGCUUCGUCUUCGUAAUGGUCAGCCAUAUGGUCACCAUGCCACUCCACGUACAGUUCACUCUCUCCCACUUCGCCAUGUCAACUAUGGAUCUUGGUCCCGGGGAGUCCUUCGCUCAACGCAUGCUUAGAACAACAAUGGACGUGGAUUGUCCUGAAUUGUUGGAUUUUAUUCAUGGGGGGUUGCAGUUCCAGGCUAUUCAUCAUUUGUUUCCCCGCGUGCCGAGACAUAAUCUGCGGAGGACGCAGAAACUCGUCCUGCGGUUUUGUCAAGACGUGGGUAUCCCGUAUGCGCUUUAUGGGUUUGUGGGGGGGAAUAGGAAGGUCGUGGGGAGUUUGGCGGAGGUUAGUAGACAGGCUGCUAUUUUGGCCAAGUGUCAGAGGACGGUUGCGGAGAGGGGGGAUUUGUUGUAUGGGCAUUGA